AUGGAUCGAGAGAAGUUUCAGCAGAAGGCUCUGAAGCAAACUAAGCAGAAGAAAUCCAAGUCGGCUGAAUUUCUGAUGGUUAAAGAAGAUAGAGAAGCUAUGGAAGGCAUUGGAAACCCAGCUUUUAACAUGAGCAGCCUCGAUCUUUCAGCAUAUCAGACUUCAAAAAAGAAAGUUAUUAGACAUGAUGUGCUGGAUCACACCCUUGCAGCUCACCAACGAAAAUUCAGGCUGCCAGACCCUGCUGAACCACAAGGAAAUGAAUACAGGAGAAAUUACUUUGACCCACUGAUGGAUGAGGAAAUAAACCCAAGGCAGUGUAGGAUGGAGGUCAGCAGAGAGGCACCCCUACAAGCUGAUAAUAGAAGUCUCUACAAUGAUCAAUUAAUGAGGCUGUUUGAUGAGAAUGGAUGUCGAGGAGCCCAAGGUGAGAGCACGGAGAAGGAGUCUUCGAGUUCGGAAGAGCUGAUGCAUUUAAGUAAGAAUCUUGAACUCCACAAAGAUGGCAGUGAAGCCACCUCUGCUUGCAAUGAGGAAUUUAAAAGAUAUGCUCAGAAAGACAUAAUUUGGCUUGGAAAUUCUUCAUUAAAACAGGUUGAACAGUCUCAGUCUCCUCAGCCUCUUCAAAUACAGAUGAAAUGUGUAAGAGGCUUGAAGAACAAGGCUCCCCAAGGCUCUUACCUCAUCAAAGUGUCCCUGCUUAGUCAACCAGGUGGCUGUGUCUUGCAGUGGUGGCAAACGGCGCAACUGAAGAUUACAACCUGCCCAGUGAGGCAUGAUGGAAACUUUUACGAUGUGGGGCUGUAUUUCCACGAAAACCUUUAUGUGGUACUUCCUCCAAAGAAAGACGUGAAACCUGACAUGGCUUUCUUAUUCGAACUCUUUCUCCUUCGUGGGAAGUAUGCCUGUUGUGACUGUGUUGUGGGCUGGUCAGCCUUCCCUUUAUGUGAUAACAACUUUGAUGUCGUAGAGGGAAAAUUCAAGUGUCCCCUUCUCCAAGGACAUUAUGACCAGAAACUCAACAACUUCAGGAAAAUUGAAGAUUUGAUUUGUCUCGAUUUGAACAACUGGCUGUGCAAUCUCUAUUUUCAGGUAAUUAAACUUCCUGUGUGUUUGAAUGAUCAAAAAACCCACGUGAGACAUAUUCAGCUUACCCCUGAAUUUCCAGUUUGUUUAAAGGCUGAAGCAGGGAAUACAGAAUCAGGUGUGGAAAGUACAACUGGACUUUCAGGGAAAGAAAAAGAGAAAAGCAUUUGUGCAUCAGUGAAUAAUAACGUUAAAUCCUCCUUACACUCUCCACAGGGUAACAUUUUUAAUAAAAUUGAUUCUUGCCCUAUGGACUGUGAUCUCACUCUCUUAAAAGAAGACCAAGAAUUAAAUAACAAGGGAGAGAGCCUGACUGAUCAUUCUGUGAAAGCAAAAACAGCUGCUUGGAGAACUGGAGAAAUUAAAGAUUAUUCACAGGAUAUAUCUUACUUGGAGGAACUGGAAAAACACAGAUUUUCUGUUUGCUGUGCAGAAGCUUGUUGA